AUGUGGGAUUCCAUCAAGCACUCGUGUUCCCCUGAACAGCCCAGAACCAACUCCCUGGGUCCCAGCGACAGGAGGCAGAGGAAAAACCACACCAGCAAACUGCAAGAGCUGGCAUUGCUGCUACCCGUGGCCCUGAAGACUGGUACCAAGAAGCUCACCAAGAAGGAGAUUCUGCUGCACGUCCUGCACUACAUUUACUACCUCCAGAGAAGCAUCAAUGUGGCCAAGGCCUUGCUCAAAUUCCACACCACCGAUGGGGAAGGUGGACUUGGGGGGCUGGGUCGGACCCCCACCUCAGGCCCAGGAAAGCGGAGACACUCCACCCCGUCCAGCUCCCCACACUCUCAUAAGUCCCGUCUUCGGGGAGCCUGCCGGAAACCUCGUAAGAAGAAGCUGGCCCGAGCAUCAGAACGUCAGACCCGAGUCCAGAACCCUCGUCGCUGUUUGGCCCUGGACAAGCCUGAGAAGCAGGCAACCCCAUCCCCAGACCAGAGAGGAGGAAACAUGGUGGGGACCACCACCCCUCCAAGAUGCCUCUACUCCUGCAGUCACACCAAGGCUGUGAUAUCCCCAUCUCAAGGUGACAGAAAAGGAGGAAGAUCCUGGCCAACACCGCUGGAGAUGGCUGAGAACAGCAUCCACUGUGACAUCUCAACUUCUGAUAGGGAUGUGGGAUUCCAGAAACCCAUAGGCUGCUGUUGCAAAAAUGGUGCCCAGGAUGCGGGGCCUUACCCUGCCUCGGAGGCUCAACACGGGGUUGAGAGGAUCCAUUUUCUUAGCAGGGCCCAGUUCUGUCCCAGGCAGAAACUGGUGUUCUACAAUUCCAGCGAGGAGUCCCCAGAUGCUGACCCUUGGCUUCCUGCCUGGACCCUAGAGGACAGCCCCCAUGGGAGCCCACUGGACUUGGGACCUCCUCAGAUUGACAACUGGAAUGCAACAGGCCACCCGAGCGAGAUCCUAGGGCUCAGCCCCUCCUUCUUCAGCUCCCCAGGGAAACUGCUGCCAGAACAGAUCCUGGAGGAUGGCAGUGAGUACCUGACCCAAGCUCUCUUUGAAGAAGGAUUCUUAGAUCCUGCGUCUUCAUCUUCUGCGUGCAUGCUCGAGGGACCACUGAGGAAGGACACACCCCCAGAGGCCCCCGAAGACCCUCCCAACCCCCACAGCCAGUGCCAGUCCUCGGUCUCCCUGGACCACUGCUACCUCUCACUGAGUGAGAACAGCAAGGCACCGUCCAGCCCCAGCUCGGAGGACACGGACACGGACACGGACACGGAGUCAGUGUGCAGGCAGCAGGAGGACACUCAGGCCGACCCCGAGGGCCUGCAGUCCUCAAGCGACCAGGACGGGGACUACACGUGGACCCCCACCCGGCAGGCCUCAGCCUCGCCUGCAGUCAGGAGGAAGACCAGGAAGGGCCGGGUGGGCAGGGGCCCCUUGAAGCCCAAGCAGAGCAAGAAAGCCCUCUGCCCCACCCAGAUGAAGAAGAAGUGUGUCAACGGCUUCAUCAUGUUCUGCAGGAUGAACCGGAAGCAGUACAUCCGAGCCUGCCCUGGGACUGCAUCCACGGCUGCCACCAAGGAGCUGGCCCAACUCUGGCGGGUGAUGACCCUGCAGGAGCGGAGACCGUAUUGCAUCAAAGCACGCAGGUUCAGCCGCCAGCACAACCGCGUCGUGAAGCAAGAGAGCUCCAGCAGUGAGGACGAGGACUGGGAGACCCCCAAGCCCUUCUACCAGCUGCUGGCCGAGAAGGUCUGCUGA